AUUGUCGCUUGCUUGCCAUCAUACACAUGGGGUGUACUGUACUAUCAUGGCGAGAUGCCGAGAUACUGCUGCCUGAACAAGCAUUGCAUCUUGGCCUGUACUGUACGGACCUGCAAGAAUGGGUGAUCACAGAACAUGCCAAGCCUCCCCGAGGCUACUACUUGGCACAUGAGCGUGUGGAUGAGUUCGAAAGCGCUGUGGAAUACAUUUUUUUUUUUAAACAGAUACAGAUACUGGCUUGUAUUUAUACAUAUAUACAUACAAGCAACCACAAGUUGUUUUUGAGGCAAACUCCCUGAUUGGUGAUGUUAUCUUGCAACAGUCCAGGCUACUGCUGCAAAGCCUGUGCCAAGUGGGAAAAGGGGGGCUUCAAGAAGAAAACGUUCCACGGCCCCCAAUGCCAGCGCGAACUUGCCCCGGAGAACGCCCCGAGAAAAAACAGCAGCCUUGGAGCCACCGAGGCUUGGAGAAAGAUGUGGAUUACGACAGAGUUCACUGGGAAGGUGGUGUUGCAGGUCAGGGACGAGGAAGAGUUCUUGGCGAUUGACUCCCCAGACUGCAUGGCCAGGUAUGGGAGCAUUCCGGAGAUCUUGGACGAUGGGCGUACCAUCGGCUUGGCGCUGGGCGACACGGUGGCGUUUGGCAUUUGCCCGCAGAAGGAAACCUUGGUGGCGGUGAAUGUCUGGCGAGUGAAACGACCGCGGACACAGGGAAAGCCAAAGGCAGCGAAGGAUGAGGAGGUUCGUGGCCCUUUGCGAAUGCUUGGGUGGGCGAAGGCCAACAAGGGGCACUACCGGAUCCUGUGCAAGGACCUCUUCGAGCUCUAUGGCCGAGAUGCUGAAAUUGCGCCAGAAGAGGUGCCCAGCGACUUGAGAUCGGGCGAUUGGAUCUCUUUCCUGGUUGAGGAGCCGCAGACGUCUUCGGAUGCGUUGUCGGCCACCGACAUCCAGGUGCUUUCGAAGCCGCCAGCUCCCGUGCCUAUGGGCGAUGGCGAGGACUUGGAUGCGAAGCAAUUGAAGCUCUCCAGAGAGCCGGCCCUGGAGUCUUUGGGUGCGGACUCUUCUGCGCCCUCCCGGGAGGACACACAGGACCUGCGGACGCCCGAAGAGUGGGCCGGAGCGCAGGAGCGUCUCUUCGGACAUUUGCCCGCCCUGCCUCCGAAAUGGAUCCGAAUUGUGGGGAAGUCUACAGGGAAGGAGGUGGCCGUUGAAGCCAGUGCGGCUGAACAGAAGGCAGAGGAGGAUGGUAACGACCCAGAUGCCUAUGCGGCGGCUGUGCGAGAAUCUGCGGACGCGGUACAAGGCAUCCAGAUCACCGACCGAGACAAGAAGGACAAAGAAUCCCUCGAGAAGUUAAAAGAGUACCAAGAGAUGGUGAAGAAUGACCCCGAAGCUGCUCUGGACAAGUUCGGUGGAAACUUUGUGGAAGAAUGGGUUGAAGAGCGUUCUGUGAAGGACCAGGUCUUUGCCAGGUUCCAGCGCUUCCACCUGCUGAACAAAAAUCAUGUGCUCCGCUACCAGCUCGGUGGUGAAGCUCGCUGGUUCUGCCAGUUCCGCCAGCUGACCGAAGCGCCGACUCCGUGCUCCAACUGCGGUGGGAAACGGAUCUUUGAAUGCCAGGUCCAGCCUAUGCUUAUUGCCCAGAUGCAAGGACCUUUGCGUGAUCGCUUGGACUUCGGGACCAUUUGCGUCUAUACCUGCGAGGAGAGCUGCGAUGCAGAUGCUGAGGCGGCGUGCGCCUACAUUGAGGAGUUCGCCUAUGUGCAACCCGAGCCAGUGGCCGAGUGGAUUCCCAAAUGA